UGGCUAAGCCUGUCCUCUUUUCUUCUGUUUCAUCUGUAUAUGCUUUGUCCCGUGGUAUUGAUCCGGUUCUCAUCUACACUCCUGCGGUAUCCAGUGGAGAAUUGAACUUGAUCAUUCGUAAAUCGUAAUUGUGGUUUGGUAUCCGCGCUUGUCAUUUUGAACUCUUCCUGCAUGCUGCAGUUCACCGAUUUUUCUAUGAAUACUUUACUUUAAUUUAUGUUCUCUUGGGGGCAUCGAUCGACCCCCCUCUUCUUUGGACGCUUCCAAGGCCAAAACGGCUGCCUCGGGGAAUCAGUGUGGUCUCCUUCCCCCCCUUCUUGGUUUUGGCGUGUAAUUGGACAGACAAUAAUACCAAAUAUCGCACUCUGUUACGAAUUUAAAAAGUGCAACUCCGUUUGUUUGUUCCUGUUGUACACUUGUACUAUCUAACAUUUUUUUCUCAAAAGUUUCAAUUUUUAUGUUUAUUACAGUUCCUAGAGCCUGCCUCACCUUACCACUUGCUGGAUGGUUCCAAAGAGCUGUUAAACACAGCUCUAUGCUGUUUCAUGACAGCUUUGGUUUGAGCUGGUUAAUCUAUUCAAUUUGGAACUUUUCCUAAUUACUUGGAAAAGGCUGGUCAACCUCCAUCGCCUUCUAUACCUUGAGCUUGCCAACAUAAUUUACAAGACCUAUUACACACAUACACACUUCCCUUCUCUCGACGAAAAAAAGGCGAUAUCUUGUCUCAAGGAAUUCUUUUUCCAUUUGUAGCUAGGCCUUUUGGCUUCAUACGUUUGGUUGCCAUUCCAAAUAUAUGAUCAGAGUUUCUUUGCAACGGCGGUUUAGUUCUUGCGAGGAAUCAGGAUGCAGGUUGUUACAACAUGAUUGCUAGUGUGCUAACAAAUGUGUGAAUUCCACGGGUAGUCAUGUCAUGUCCAUAUCACAUUGUUUUGAGGAGUUUACUUUCUGCGGUUUCCUUUCGUUAUCAUUGGUUUGUUGAAAUUUUCUGAAACUUGUUUUUGUGCCGUGACCGUGGCAGCAGCACUAGCAUCGCCCCAGUUGGAACUUCCAAUGGCUGCUUUAAAUUUCUUCAGGAAUUAGAUUAGGUCUCCUCUGCUAAGUAAUUGCUUUGGCACAUGAGCCAUUCAUUUGAUGCUGGAAGAAGAAGCUGGGCUCAGAAAAUGGACCAGAAAACCAACAGGAGGAAGAAGUCUCCCUUUGGAAGGAUUCCUACUGUGAAGGGUAGGAACUCUUCAUCGAGGUACGGUGCUGAGCACUCUAUGAACACUACAGUUGAUUUGAGAGAGAGUCCAGAGCACUCACCGAUGGCUUCGCCUUCAGCAUCAUCUUCAUCCUUCUUCAAAAGUACAAGCCUAAAAUUCAGCAACUACAGUUCUCCUGUAUCAACCAGCACGCAUAUUGAGUCUUUUAGGGUAUUUGCAGCAACAUGGAACGUCGCCGGAAAGACUCCAGAUAUGGAGCUGAAUCUGAAUGACUUCCUGCCUUCUGAUGACCAUUCAGAUGUUUAUGUUCUAGGAUUCCAAGAGGUCGUCCCUCUCAACGCCGGGAACGUGCUUGUGAUCGAGGACAACGAGCCGGCGUCGAGAUGGCUCGCGCUCAUCAACCAGGCGCUCAACCGGACUUCGUCGUCGCCGCCGGCUAGCCGGUCCUUCAGCCAGUCCGCCUCUCCUGCUUCGGCACUCCACACGGCGAGCUCCAGCCCGCUCGACCCAUCGCAGUUUCAUAAGAAUGGGUCCUCCCCCAGAGAGGUUCGCCGCGCCGCCAUCACCCGCGGCCGCCGGCUCAAGUCAUGCACUUGCCCCACAGAGAGGCCGCCCCGGCGCCGGCCGUACUCCAAAUCGUCGUCGUCCUGCCUGAUGAUGCGCUGCGGCAGCAGCAAAAACCGGCGCCGGUAUGCUGUCGAGGGCGACACGACGACGUCAGACGAGGAGGACAUGGACGUCGUCGUGGACGGCGGUGGGGAGGCAUCGUCCAUGGCGUCCGACGCCACGCUGUUGCUGCAGCCGGCGGCGGCGAACCUGCAGAGGAGGUACUGCCUGGUGGCGUGCAAGCAGAUGGUGGGUCUCUUCGCAACGGUGUGGGCGCGGCGGGAGCUGGUGGCGCACAUCGGCCACGUCCGGCUCAGCUGCGUCGGCCGCGGCAUCAUGGGCCGCCUUGGCAACAAAGGGUGCAUCUCCGUGAGCAUGUCGCUGCACCAGACGUCCCUCUGCUUCGUGUGCAGCCACCUCGCCUCUGGCGAGAAGGACGGCGACGAGCUCCGCCGCAACUCCGACGUCGUCGAGAUCCUCAAGAACACCCAGUUCCGCCGCGUCUGCAAGCGCUCCGGCCGGCGCAUCCCGGAACGAAUCCUCGACCACGAUCGCGUGAUCUGGCUCGGCGACCUGAAUUACCGGAUCGCGCUGAGCUACGCGGAGGCGAAGAAGUUGGUGGACACCGGCGAUUGGGCGGCGCUGUUCGAGAAGGAUCAGCUCAAGACGGAGAGGGAGGGCGGGGUGUUCCGCGGGUGGAGCGAGGGCGUCAUCUCCUUCGCGCCGACGUACAAGUACUCGUGGAACUCCGACAGCUACUACGUAGGCGAGGACGACGACGGCGCGGCGUCGAAGAAGAAGACGAAGCGGAGGACGCCGGCGUGGUGCGACCGGAUCCUUUGGCGCGGCGACGGGAUCGUGCAGGUGGCGUACGUCCGCGGGGAGUCCAAGUUCUCCGACCACCGCCCCGUGUGCGGUGCAUUCAUCGUCGAGAUCGCCGUCCUCGACGGCGCGGCCAAGAUGGUGAAGCUCGUCGCGGCAACCGCCAGCAUGAAGGUCGGAGCGGAGGAGCUCCUCCUACCUCGGCAACCGUAGCGAGAAUCAGCCAUCGAUUUGCGCAAGUUGGGGCCAAAGAAGCUCAUCGCAUCGCAUCUCGUUGCGUACGCCACUGAUAAUCUAGGAGAUAGGUCGGCGCGUACUGAUGCGUGAACCGCUGUUGUUUCUUUGUGCUUUCAAGAUUCAGUUCUGACGCCAAAUGCUAUAGAAACUAAAUCGCUCUCUCUGACACCAAA